AUGUUGCACAUUACUAAUAGAAAGGUUGCUGGCCUCAAUACUCAAUGGGCUUCUUUUCAUGGCUUUUCAGUUCUUUUUAAUAAUCUAGGAGACAAAUGUCUUCAAUCACGUCGUCCUGGAAUGCUUGAUCUUGUUAACGAUGUUAACGAUAAUCCUGCUUUGAAGUUUUAUGCAAUUCUUCAUGAAGGUAUCACGCGUUUGAAUAUUAAUUUUCUAACCAAUCAGUUCCUUUUCUGUGCCUUGCCACCAAGUACUUAUCAUGUUACUCUUUGGGGUGGAUUAAACGACAGACAUGUAACAAAAAUUGAACCACAAUAUCGUUCCAUAGUUGAAAAAUGGUUGUUAGAUUUACCAGAAUCAUUUUGUAAUACGCCAAAAAGUAUAUUUGAUCUUCCUGCAACAUCACCACUCUGUUUAAAACGUGACUGGAAUAUAAACUUCUGCUUUGAUGGACUCAAAGUAUGGAACAAUUCUGUGCUUGUAGCUGCCUUACGUCCUGAUGAGAACUCGAUCUCCGUCUUCGAGCAACUUUCCGAAGAGCGUAGUCAGUUGAAUGAAAAAGUCCACGAUCGUUUAAAUAUUGACACUGACACGAAAGCUUAUACACCUCAUGUUAGUCUUGGAUAUUUUGCAAAUGAGGAAGGUGCACAACGAGCUUCACAUUUUGUCGAUGAAUGGAAUCAAUGGUUUAGUAAUGCUUGUCAAGACAAUCUUCUUUCUUUUAACAAUGCAGACAUCUAUGGCUUGACCGAUAUGGUUACUUUUUUCAAAGCAGUCGACAACUAA